CCGGAGCCCCUUCGGUGCUGUGGGACGCGUUAUGUGGUGUUUUCGGUUGAAAAGCGAUGGGCUUGAUACGCUCAUUAGUGCGUGAAAGGACUGAUAGGGAUCUUGUGGUUAAAGAACUUCUGAACUGCUGGCCUAGAGCCAUUGCUGUCAGAUACUUCAGUGAUGGGCCCAGAUUGCCUUUCUUCAAGGUGAAAGGAAGGGACAGGAAAAUCUGAAGAAGGAUCUAGUGAGAAGAAUCAAAAUGCUGGAAUAUGCACUUAAGCAGGAAAGGGCUAAAUAUCACAAAUUAAAAUAUGGCACAGAAUUGAAUCAGGGAGAUAUGAAGCCACCAAACUAUGAUUCUGAUGAAGGGAAUGAGGCAGAGAUUCAACCACAACAGAAUAGUCAGCUAAUAUGGAAACAAGGACGACAACUGCUAAGACAGUAUCUACAAGAAGUGGGCUACACGGACACGAUAUUGGAUGUGAAGUCAAAACGAGUGCGAGCUUUAUUGGGCCUCUCAAGUGAUGCUUCAGAAAAAGAAAACAGAAAUCAAGAGCCGAUGGUAAAUGGCACAGAGGGCCAGAUUAAAGAAAGCACAAUGAUCGGGAAACCUGAAUUGACUGACUCUGCCUCUCUGCUAGAGACCUUCAAGUUUCUUGAAAAUGCAGCUGCAGAAUUUAGUGAUGAAGAAGAUGAAGAAGAUAUUGAAGGAAGAGAGAAAACAAUCAUUGAUACCGCAACAAUUGUAAGGAAAAGAGUGCUAUCUGAGAGCAGUGAAGACAGAGAUACAGAAGAAGCUUUGAAAGAGUUUGACUUUUUGGUUACCUCAGAUGAUGGUGAUGGGGAAUCGAGAAGUUCAGGAGAUGGAACAGACUGGGAAAAGGAAGACCAGUGUCUCAUGCCUGAAGCCUGGAAUGUCGACCAGGGAGUUAUAACCAAACUCAAGGAACAAUACAAAAAGGAGCGCAAGGGGAAAAAGGGGGUGAAGAGAAAAACUACCGAAGAUAUGUUUCAGCCUCAAUCCUAUAUAAAACAGUCAAAACAGGGAUGUGGGAAAAUGAUGGAGCAAAGCACAGGGCCCAACAGGUCAAAGCUGCAAGAUAUGCUUGCAAACUUGAGAGAUGUUGAUGAUCUCCCUUCGUUACAACCAUCUGUUGCACCUUCUUCUAGGCCCAGUAGCUCAAGGCUCAUUGAACAUGAGAUAAACAGGACGGAUGAAGUGGAAGCUUUAACAUUCCCUCCUUCUUCAGGGAAAUCUUUCAUUAUGGGAACAGAUGAAGCCCUUGAAAAUGAGCUGGGUCUUGGAGAACUGGCAGGCCUUACUGUAGCAAAUGAGGCAGAUUCACUGACUUAUGAUAUAGCCAACAAUAAGGAUGCAUUGAGAAAGACUUGGAACCCCAAAUUUACAUUAAGAAGUCACUUUGAUGGAAUAAGAGGUCUCGCUUUUCAUCCGGUUGAACCAGUCUUAAUAACAGCUUCAGAGGACCAUACUUUAAAAAUGUGGAAUUUACAAAAAACAGCCCCUGCAAAAAAGAGUGCUUCUCUUGAUGUAGAGCCAAUAUACACCUUCAGAGCACAUAAUGGACCAGUGCUCUGUGUGGUGAUGAGCAGUAAUGGUGAACAGUGUUACAGUGGGGGAACAGAUGGCCUUAUCCAUGGCUGGAACACAACCAACCCGAACGUUGACCCCUAUGACUCUUACGAUCCUUCUGUUCUAAGAGGUGCUUUUGUAGGCCAUACUGAUGCAGUGUGGGGGCUGGUUUACAGUGGAGCGCACCAGCGAUUGCUGUCCUGUUCAGCAGACGGCACUAUACGUUUAUGGAAAGCUACAGAAAUUGCUCCAGCUCUCAAUAUAUUUAAUGAUAAUCAAGAAAUGGGAAUCCCUUCCUCAGUAGACCUUGUGAGCAGUGACCCAAGCCUCAUGGUAGCAUCAUUUAACAGUGGACACACUAGCAUUUUUAACAUGGAGACACGGCAACGAAUUCUUACCCUGGAGUCCAGUGUGGAUACAACAAUCAGUUCCUCCUGUCAGAUAAACAGAGUCAUCAGCCAUCCAACUCUUCCAAUUAGUAUCACUGCUCAUGAAGACAGACACAUCAAAUUCUACGACAACAAUACAGGAAAACUGAUCCACUCCAUGGUAGCUCACUUAGAUGCAGUUACAAGUUUAGCUGUUGAUCCUAAUGGCUUGUAUUUGAUGUCUGGCAGUCAUGACUGCUCAAUUCGCUUGUGGAAUCUUGAAAGCAAGACCUGCAUCCAAGAAUUUACUGCUCAUCGCAAAAAAUUUGAUGAGUCAAUUCAUGAUGUGGCAUUCCACCCCUCCAAAUGUUAUAUUGCCAGUGCAGGAGCUGAUGCCCUGGCUAAAGUGUUUGUAUGACAGAGUGCUUCCUGUUCAACUUUAGCUUUGUAUAUAUUUAACCAGCUGCACAAAGAGAAGAGGAGGGCAUGAGUUGUUUUAUCUUGCCCUGUAAUUCAGAGAAUGUUUGUAAGUGUUUAGUUUUGCAGGGUGCUGUUUUCUAAAUUGACGUUUGCUCUGAUUUCUGUGAGCUCAGCUGGUGCUGAGAGCUUGGAAUCUCUCAGUUUCACAUAGUUAAAAAAAAUAAAAAAUAAAUGCUUUUAUUUUAGAGGGUGUGAAUUUUCGUCCAGGCAGGCCUUGGGUGAAACUAGGUCUACGUAUUCUCUAUUAAUAAAAUGAGAGUACUGGAAAGAAGGGGUCUAAUUGCAUCAGGGAGUAGGAAAAGAGGGAAACUUCCUAGGAUGCUUCUCAUUGAGGAAUCUUAAUGUUAAAUCACCUGGAAAAAGUGAUUCAGAGUCAGUUCACAUGCUCAUUACUGUAUCACGUGAGAGGCACUUUGUCAUCCCUUUGGUAUGAAUAAAGUAGAUCUUGUUCAGAGAGCAGUAGCAGAUUGUUAAUCUCAGCCUAAUCUGGUUGCUAGCCUAAGAUAAAUGCAAUUAAAGGAAAGCAGAUUACUAACAUAAAUUAAAAUGCAGCAAAGUUUCUGUUACAUCUUCUAUGUUAUACAGUAAAUAUUUAGUUUGCAAAAAAAUUUAUAUAAUUUUUAAAGACUGUAUUAGCAUAUGGCUUGAAGCUGAGCCUUUACUCUAAGUCCCAAUUAACAACAGACUGAAGCAGUCUGUAUAUACUGCAGUAGCGAUGUUAACUUAUUCAAUGCUGUUUAUUCUUGGAGACCUGGCACAAGAAAUUAUCCUAAAGCUUUCCAAAGAAGCUGUCGUACAAUUUAGUUAUCAAACAUUCAUCUCCUCUUCCUGUUUCUGCUAAAAAGGGUAUCAUUCUGGGCAUUAAAAGAUAACAUGAAAUACUUUUUUUGAAGAUUAAAUUUAUACCUAAUGCUUUGUAUGAGUCCUGCUAGUGGAAUAGGUGGGAACUAUACAAAACUCCAUCAGUUUGAGAGAUUCUGCUACUUCUAGAGGUAUUUCCCAGCUUCACUUUUUGUGGGUUGUUCUAACUUGUCUGCUUUGCUGGAUGUAUCGUGCCAUUGAUUAGGUUACCUGAAGAAUGAGUACUUCUUGUAACUACUCAACAGAUGUGCUUUGUUUAUCUAUUCAGAGCUUCUCUGUUGACUUGAAUGACAAAUAACUUUUAAUCCAAUCUUUUAGUCUUUUUAUCCCUUCUUAGAGGAAGGUGAGUGGAUUCUUUUCUAUUAUGUGUCAUCAUCAGAGUUAUUAUUGUUCAUAAGCGUGAAGUUGGUCUUUUCCUCUAAUGGGAAUGGAAAGCAGAAUUUCUGCUGGAGAUGAUUUCUGAUGCUGAUGCGAGUAGGAAAGAACCCAAUGCAACUCUUCAUAUACCAGCUUGAGGUUAAGACUGGAAACUGAUAAAUAAAUCUUUACCUUUAAACUGACACUUUGUAAACAGAAGUAAUUGAAAGAUAUCAAAAUAGGGUUUGACUGUGUUGGUUUUAGAUGGCAUUAGGGGAUGGGACCACAUUUGAAACUGAUCUCAGAGUUUAAAUCAAGUAUAUUAUUUAGGUAAAAGGUUGACCUGUGUGCUGUUUGAGCCUGCAACACAUUAUAUGUACUGCUAAAAUAUCCUGGAAUACCUUUUAUUGCUCAGAAUAUUCAGAUAUGUCACUUCAUGAUAUUGAUAUGCAAUAUAUUUCCAUAGAUAAGAUUAGAACUUUUACCAUAAAACAGAUGACUACAAUAAUAAUACAGAUUAUUUAGUUUUUAUAAAAUGUUUUGGUUAUGAUGGAAGGGGGGAAACUUGGCUGCAAAACUGAGCAUUCAACUUUGUGAGAGUUCUGUGUACUUGACUCAUAUUCUUUCAGUGUCAUUAUUUUAUUUCUUUUUGAAGAGAAAAUUGCAAAGAUUUAUUUGAAAAAUUCUAAAAGUUAUGUAUAUUAUAUAUGUGUAUAUAUAUUGUAAACAUGUAUUAAAUGUGUCUAGUAAGGGAAGACUCCAUGGGUGCAUUUUAAUGUUUUAGUAUUAAGAGUUCUCUUGAGUUUGUGUAUACAGAGGAUAAUGGUGUGAGUAUGAAAUGAAUGUUGUGCUUUUGCUUACACAGUACAAUAUGUAGUCACAGUUGUUUAAAUUGCUGUACAUAAAAACUAGUAGGCCAGCAUGCUUGUUUUUAAAGACUGUCAUUCUGAUUACAAUUGGAAUGUAAGACGUGGCUGUUCAAAUGUGAAUUGAAAGAUGUUUCCUUCUCGCUAUUGA